AUGGCUGUUGGCAAAAACAAAAGAUUAUCUAAAGGCAAGAAAGGAUUGAAGAAGAAGAUUAUCGACCCUUUCACCAGAAAAGAUUGGUUUGACAUUAAGGCUCCAUCGACGUUUGAGAACAGAAAUGUUGGGAAGACUCUUAUCAACAGAUCGACUGGUAUGAAGAAUGCGGCUGAUGGAUUGAAAGGACGUAUUGUGGAAGUUAAUUUGGCAGAUUUACAAGGAUCGGAAGAUCAUUCGUACAGAAACGUCAAGUUGAGAGUUGACGAAGUUCAGGGUAAGAAUCUUUUAACCAACUUCCAUGGCUUGAGUUUUACUUCUGACAAGUUGAGAUCUUUAGUCAGAAAAUGGCAAUCGUUGGUCGAAGCCAAUGUGACUGUAAAGACAGCUGAUGAUUAUGUCUUAAGAGUUUUUGCCCUCGCCUUCACCAAAAGACAGGCUAACCAGGUCAAGAAGACAACGUAUGCUCAGUCUUCGAAGUUGAGAGAAGUGAGAAAGAAGAUGUCUGAGAUCAUGCAACGAGAAGUUUCUGCUGUGACAUUGGCGCAGUUGACUUCUAAGUUGAUUCCAGAGGUUAUCGGCCGCGAGAUUGAAAAGUCUACUCAGACCAUUUUCCCGUUGCAGAAUGUUCACAUAAGAAAGGUCAAGGUGUUGAAGCAGCCCAAGUUUGACUUGGGAGCGUUAUUGGCUUUACAUGGUGAGAGUGGAGGUGAAGAAAAGGGCAGAAAGGUUAAUACUGGGUUUAAGGACGUGGUUUUGGAAUCCGUUUAG